AUGGUGACGGCAGCGGCGGGGGCAGCUGCGGCGGCGGCGGCGGCGGCGGUCCCGGCGGUGCGGCUUGACAAAGCGCCAGCGCUGGCGUCCGCAAGGGUUGCCGCCGCCGGCGCUGGCGCCGGUGUUGCCGUACACGCUGCUAUCGCAGACAACGGCCCCAACGGAUACAUUCCCCUUCUUGCUAGCACUGCCGUCGUUGCAGCUGCUGCCUUUGUCGAAUCUGUGGCGGCUCGUGUGAGGAUGGGUGGGUUGGAUAAUUCCGGAGGCAGGGAUGUCGGGGCGGUGGUGACGCUGAAGGGUACGGGGUCCCUAGGGGCCUUGCUAACAGCAACAGAAGCGGCAGCGGGGCCGGAAACGCGGUGCGCGACGCAGCGGGAUGAGCUAAAGCUCGUGCCACGGCUGAUGAACAGCCAGCGACUUCGCACCGAAGUCCACAAAUGUACACGCGCACCACCUCGUGCACGAAGGAUCGGUAGCGCACACUCCAAAGAAGGGUCGUCGCCAACAGCUCGCGAAAAAUGA